GGCCUUUGUGAAGUCAAGCGGCUCUAGGUCACCUUCCGGGUGCGGCUCCUACACCGCCUGCAUCACCUGGGGAGGGGAUGGGGGGCCGUUUCGAAUAGAUUUCGCGGCCCGCCCCAGCCUGAUGAAGCGGAAAUGCAGCGGGUAGCUGUCAAUGGCUUUGAAAGAAAAUCCCAGAGAUAAUAGAACAUUCUUGCUGCAUUAAGAAAUUAAAUGUCUGGCAACAGCCGCCACCCUCACGUGCCCCACUCCCGCUCUGUCUCCAAGAAAAAUUUGGCCCCUGCUCAGCCACCGCCCAGGAUCUACAAGCUGCGCGCCCACGAGUUUCGGCACCCAUUUGGAUUUUCACAAUCAGAGAUGGCAGCAAUAAAGGCAUCAACGUUGAAAGCUACCAGGCCUUGGUAUUCUCAUCCGGUAUAUGCAAGAUACUGGCAACAUUAUCAUCAAGCAAUGGCUUGGAUGCAUAGCCACCAGAAUGCCUACAGGAAGGCCGUGGAAUCUUAUUUCAGUGUUCCAUGGUACUUCCCUCCUGUACUUCUUCCCCAAAGCUCUUACGAUAGCCAAGCUGCAUAUCCUCAGUCUUUCUAUGACAAUCAUGUGGCCUUGCAGGACUUCCCCUGUAGUUCUUCACAUUUCAGAGGGCCUGGGCAGAAUCCACAUGACAGCAGUAGGAUCCAGGCAUCCACAAGAGAAGACCAAGCUUUGUCCAAAGAGGAAGAGAUGGAGAACGAGUCAGAUGCAGAGAUAGAAUGUGACCUGAGCAAUAUGGAAAUCACCGAAGAGCUCCGCCAAUACUUUGCAGAGACCGAGAGGCACAGAGAAGAACGACGGAGGCAGCAGCAGCUGGAUGCUGAGCGCCUAGAGAGCUAUGUGAACGCUGACCAUGACCUGUACUGCAACAUCCCCCGGUCGGUAGAGGCCCCAACUGAGAGGCCAGAUGGAGUUCAUGUUAGAGUCCAUAGAUAUCAGUGUUCUGCAAAACUGGCAAUUAUCUGGCAUCCAAGGCUCCAAGACAUCUCACAAGUCCCAUGUCCACCACAAACCAAGUACUUCCAAGGAGUAAAUUCCUUACUUUUUGUCACUCUGCAAUGUAUUUUGUCCUUCUUAUAAAUUUCACUGUUUUCCUUUUGUCAUCUCCUAUAAAGUCUUCCUCCUAUGUUAUUUUUUCUUUCACUAAGUACUAGUUUGUCAAACGUACUGUAGUGUUACAGUUAGCCAGGCAUGAGCAGGGCAGGAGAGGGGUCUCCCCCUCCCACUAGGAAUGUCAGGUGAUGGUUGGGCAGUUAUCACAUUGCCUUUCAAAAAGUGAAAGAUUGGCACCUGGAGCCUGGGAGAAGUCAUUUCCUGAUGGCCCACAAUUAUUGCACUAAUGUGUUCAUCGAAUGCAGGCACCAGAGAGAAGCAACUCUCUGGGCAUAUGCAUUAAGACACAAAAUGGCAGAGUAUGACCUUUUAGGGGCACUCCCCCAGAAAAGGGCAGCAAGCCUCAGAUGGGCAUGUUUACAACUUCCUAAACACACUGUGCAUGCUCAAUUCCCAAAGGUAAAGAGGGCAAUGAAUGUGGGCAGCCCACCCCAAGGAAGAAGCAUGGGAAAGGGGCCAGCCUAUAAAGUCCUAGGAUCAAGGUUAAACACUGGGCUUGUUCUUCAAGUCGCAUGCUUGGGUCUCUUCCAAAUGUACUUUCCUUUAUUUCCUGCUCUAAAGUCUUUUAAAAUAAACUUCCACUCCUGUUCUGAAACUUGCCUUGGUCUCUUUUUCUGUUUUAUGCCCCUCAAUCGAAUUCUUUUUUCUGAGGAGGCAAGAUGUGAGUUGCAGACCUGUUCUCAUUUGCCCCCAUAACUCAAAUACCUUCCACUGGUAAAAAUAUAGUGCCACCUGGCUGGGCGUGGUGGCUCACAUCUGUAAUCCCAGCACUUUGGGAGGCCGAGGCAGGCAUAUUACGAGGUCAAGAGAUCACGACCAUCCGGGCCAACAUGGUGAAACCCCGUCUCUACUAAAAAAUACAAAAAUUAGCAGGUGGGGUGGUGCGUGCCUGUAGUCCCAGCUACAUAGGAGGCUGAGGUAGGAGACUUGCUUGAACCCGGGAGGCAAAGCUUGCAGUGAGCCGAGAUAGCGCCAUUGCACUCCAGCCUGGUGCCUGGUGACAAAGUGAGACUCUGUCCCCACAAGGUGUGCCCCUGCCAUGGGCCCUUUAGAGGGCCCACACCGCUGUCAUAUGGGAUCCACCUCUCCACACUCCCCCAGCAUGACUGUGACUCUAAAGAUCUGCCAUGUGACUUCACAUUUGCCCCCGUCCUUAAAACAAAAGACUUCUGUGUUUGGACACUGUGAGGUUUGUGUGUUGCGCCUCUUUCAACAUCAGAAAUGGAAACUACUUAAUGAGUGCAGGGAGGAUGUGACUGGUGGGAAUACUUGGAUAAGAUAAAAGAUAUUGAGCAGGUGUGGUGGCUCAUGCCUGUAAUCACAACAGUUUUGGAGGCCAAGGCGGGCAGAUCACCGGAGGUCAGUAGUUAGAGACCAGGCUGGCCAACAUGGUGAAACCCCAUCUCUACUAAAAAUACACAAAAUAAACCAGGGGUAGUUGUGCACACCUGUAAUCCCAGCUACUAGGGGGGCUGAAGCAGGAGAAUAGGUUGAACCUGGGAGGCGGAGGUUGCAGAGAGCUGAGAUUGCACCACUGCACUCCAGCCUGGGUGACAGAGUGAGACUCUGCCUCAAAAAAAGAUAUUAAGGAAUUCGUCGACUCCUUUUUUCAGAGAGCAUGAAUGUAUUCAUUCAUUCAAUAUUGCUUUGUGAAUAAUUAAGUAUUAUUUCCCAGUACAAUCAAGUGACUGUAUUUUCUUGCUUCUCUUUGAUUCCAACUCAUUUUCGUUCCAGGGGUUGUCAUGAGUUAGUGUGGUAUUGGCAGGAGCUGCACGUGGAUGCCAAAGAAUGUUUUGCAAUAUAGAAAAAAAAGUAUUAGUUCUACAUUUGUAUAUGUAUGUAGAUCUAGAUGUAGCAUGUAUGAAGCUUGAUACCAAUUAUUUAGCAACUAGAUGAAUA